CUUUUUGAUGAAAUAAAUUGAAAUGUGUUUUUUACUCAUUCAUAAAGAGAUCUUUUAAAAAUAUUAAAUAGAUUUUCAUAUAUUAACAUGUUAUAAGAUUAUAAAAAUUGAAAGAUGAUGGAGUUAUGUUUAAACAAUAAUAUUUACUGUUUAGCCUUUUGGAAACGAUACAAAUGGAAAUUAAUAUAUAUUGAUUGUAUAAUAUUUUAUAUAAAACAACUUGGAAAUAAAUAUUUAAAUAUUUUAAAGACUCGAAACAUGAUUGAAUAUAUCUAAGGACCAAAAUAGGUUGAAUAGUUUUAGAUACAGUUAUAAAGUUUUCUUUUGUAAUAUAUGAUUAUCUAUUUUUAUAAAAUGAGUUCCGUGCGACAUCGCACGGGUUCCUUACCUAGUGUCUAUAAAACAAGACAUGGAAAAUAUAUGUCUAACAAAGAGUAAUAAAACAAGACAAGGGAAAGUAUAAAAGUUUGUAUAAACAAAGAGUAACGGUAUAUCUGUCACAAAUCACAAUGGUUAGUUGGUGAAAGUUGGGAGGUUUGGAUAGGGUGGUGCUAGUAGGGUUUGGUUAAUUAGAGCCACGUGGCAGUCUCUGGGUGGCGAGUCGGCAGUGGAAGACUGGAAGGUAAAGCUUUUUAAUUAGCAAAGUUACGUCAAUGGGAUGCGGCUACUUGACUUUCUCAACCAACUACAAAUGUCAACUAAACCUCAUUGCAUAACAUCAAUUAUUGAUUUAAUGAUUUUAAUUCAUAAUAGUAUAUAGUUGUCUGUGUCCAUCGAGUUCAAGAAUGUAAAUAGGUUUUGCUAUUUUCGUUUUCACAUUGUUCAUACUUAUUUAUGACUAUAUUCUCACUAUCCAUUAAUGCAUUUUCAUUUUCACUAGACGUACAUAUUUUUAUGAAAAUGACUGAAUGAGGUAAAAUUUUUGUUUCUUUCAGUGAAACAAAAAGCGUCACCUGUUAAAAAAAAAGGUGUCACCAAUCCCAUUUUAAAAACUUUGCCUAAGGUCUUUAUUGUACAAGGGACAUUCAUCCCUAGCUGAAGUAACUUGUUUAAGUAUAAAACUUAACCAUUAACAUAACUUACAUUCAUAUAGAAAUUAAUUUGGUCAGAUCAUAUAGCUUGGCAUCAUAAAAAUAUACUUUAGUGCAACCGACUUUUACUAUAGUCUUCAACAUGUUUACUUUGGAUCGCGGACCACACCAACUGCAAUAUAUCACACAUUUUAAUGAUUUCAUUACGAUCUGCAAAAUAAAUGCUCAACUUAUGAGAUUAAUCCUAUAAGUCAGCAUAAAUUUGAAUUAUAUAAAUAUGAAACUAGCAUGUUAAAAUCUUUACAAACUAUUUAGAAAGAAAAUUAUCCAAUUUCGAUUUUAUGGAAUGUGAAAGAAUUCAUAUAUAAGGUGGCGCAAGUGGUUUGGUUAUUUGAAUACUAUAUAUAAAGCCUAUAAUCUUUUUUAACAAAAAUAAGAAGUGGUAAAGCUCAAUGGUAGAUAUAAAAGUGAAAUUUAAAAAUGGAGAAUACAGAACGUAAAGAAAUGAAAAUUUGUAAACUACGCAACUGGUAACUGACAAGCUACUAAGGGUUUCAACUUCAAAGUCACCCGCCCUAAGCAGCAAUAUUGGUGUAUUGGGAGAAUAGAACAUAUGGAUUCUGACGUCAUAAAAAGAAACACAUGCAUUUAAUAAUCUAUACAUACAAGUUCUAUGAUACAACAAGAAAACCAAAUUUGGAUUUACAAAUACUAGAAAAGGACUCAUAGAUUAGUGUAAAAUUUAAAUGUUUGAAAAUUAUAAAAGUAGUUAAUCGAAAUUUUAUUUUAUGAUUUAGAAAAAUGUAAAGUGAAAUUAAUUGGUCAACUCAAAAUGUUUUAAUGCGCACUGCUUUACAACCUUUUCAGUAUUCAAAUUUCUAAAUGUUUAUUGAGUAUAAUUCAAAAUUUAGAGUGAAAACUAUAUUUUAUUAAAUGUAACAACUAAAUGUGAAAUUUAAAUAUUACUUCAUUUGUUUUAUAAUAAGUGUCAUCUUAACAUUUUUUUUCUUGUUACAUAAAAAUGUCAUUUUAAAAUUUCAACACAAAUUAUACUUAGUUUCAGCUGCAAAUUAAUUGCAAACUGCAUUAAUUUUAUAAAUAAUUUUAUUUAUUAAAAAUACAAUUGAUCAAAUAAAUAUAAUUAAUAAUAAUUUAAAUACAUUCCAAUAAUUUUCUUAAUCCUUGUAAAAAUAUCAAAGUGACACAUAUUGAAAACGGAACGAGUACAUUCUAAUCAAUUGUGUCUAAACAUGAUAUAAUAAAAUAAGAUGACAUAAUGUGUGUUAACCUUAAUAUAUAAAAAGACCAUAUAUAAAUAGCUUCAAGAACCUCGUGAGUUCCUCCUCCAAACCCACAAAUACCCCAAUACCUAAAGUUUAAGGUGGAAUCUUCUUUACCAAUUUCUUAGAAAAAAAUUGCUUUUACAAAUAACGGAGGAGAUGGGGUUGAAUUUUAGGAAUAAGGCUUGGGUUUUUCUGGGUAUUAUUUGUUGUUCAUUGUUGAUUUGUUCAGUUAAAGCAAUGGUCACUUACGAUCAUAAAGCCGUGACCAUCAAUGGUCAGAGAAGGAUCCUUCUAUCUGGCUCCAUUCACUACCCAAGAAGCACACCUGAGAUGUGGCCUGAUCUUAUACAGAAGGCCAAAGAUGGAGGCUUGGAUGUGAUACAGACUUACGUUUUCUGGAAUGGGCAUGAACCUUCUCCUGGACAAUACUAUUUUGAGGACAGAUAUGAUCUGGUCAAGUUCGUUAAGCUGGUACAACAAGCUGGUCUGUAUGUUCAUAUCAGAAUUGGUCCUUACGUUUGUGCCGAAUGGAACUUUGGAGGGUUUCCUGUUUGGCUCAAAUAUGUUCCCGGUAUGGCAUUUAGGACUGACAAUGAACCUUUCAAGGCUGCAAUGCAAAAAUUCACUGAGAAGAUUGUGGGGAUGAUGAAAGAAGAAAAAUUGUUUGAGACCCAAGGAGGACCCAUCAUUCUGUCACAGAUAGAGAAUGAGUAUGGACCAAUAGAGUGGGAGAUAGGAGCACCAGGAAAGGCAUACACAAAAUGGGCAGCUCAAAUGGCAGAAGGACUCUCCACAGGUGUCCCAUGGAUUAUGUGCAAGCAAGAUGAUGCUCCUGACUCCAUUAUAAACACAUGCAAUGGGUACUAUUGUGAGAAUUUCAAACCAAAUUCAGACAACAAGCCGAAGAUGUGGACAGAAAACUGGACUGGUUGGUUCACGGAGUUUGGAGGUGCGGUACCAUACAGACCAGCCGAAGACAUUGCCUUCUCUGUGGCUCGCUUCAUACAGAACGGUGGCUCCUUCAUCAAUUACUAUAUGUACCACGGAGGAACGAACUUCGACAGAACAGCCGGUGAGUUCAUGGCUACUAGCUAUGACUACGACGCUCCGCUCGAUGAAUACGGGUUACCGAGAGAACCUAAGUAUAGUCACUUGACGAAGUUACAUAAGGUCAUCAAGCUCUGUGAGCCAGCAUUGGUCUCUGUUGAUCCUACAGUCACAUCCCUCGGCGAUAAACAAGAAGCUCAUGUGUUCAAAUCCAAGUCAUCUUGUGCUGCUUUUCUCUCAAACUACAACUCUAGUUCUGCUGCAAGAGUCUCCUUCGGGGGAUCUACAUAUGACCUACCUCCGUGGUCUGUUAGUAUUCUACCUAACUGCAAAACCGAGUAUUACAACACUGCAAAGGUACAGGUCCGUGCACCAAGUAUACACAUGAAGAUGGUUCCCACAGACACACAGUUAUCUUGGGGAUCAUACAGCGAAGAGAUUCCUUCUCCAAAUUAUAAUGGUACAUUUGCCAAAGAUGGGCUUGUGGAACAGAUAAGCAUCACCAGAGACAAGACUGACUAUUUUUGGUAUCUGACAGACAUUACAAUCAGUGCUGAUGAGAAGUUCUUGAAGACUGGUGAAGACCCUCUUCUUACUAUUGGGUCAGCUGGGCAUGCUCUUAGUGUAUUCGUUAAUGGACAGCUUGCAGGAACUGCUUAUGGAUCACUGGAGAAACCAAAGCUAACAUUUAGCCAGAAGAUAAAACUAGCUGCAGGGGUCAACAAACUUGCACUGUUAAGUAUAGCAGUUGGUCUCCCGAACGUUGGCUUGCAUUAUGAGACUAGGAAUAGUGGUGUUCUUGGCCCAGUCACACUGGAGGGAGUUAACUCCGGAACAUGGGACAUGUCUAAAUGGAAAUGGUCCUACAAGAUUGGUACUAAGGGUGAAGCUCUGAGCAUUCAUACCGUAACCGGGAGUUCCACCGUGGAAUGGAAAGAAGGACCAUUAGUAGCCAAGAAACAACCCUUGACCUGGUACAAGUCUACUUUUGAGACACCAGCAGGCAAUGAACCAUUGGCUUUGGACAUGAACACAAUGGGGAAAGGCCAAGUUUGGAUAAAUGGUCAGAACAUCGGACGUCAUUGGCCUGCAUAUAAAGCUCGUGGGAAAUGCGAACGCUGCAGCUAUGCUGGAACGUUCAACGAGAAUAAAUGUUUGAGUAACUGUGGAGAAGCUUCUCAAAGAUGGUACCAUGUACCUCGUUCGUGGCUGAAGCCAUCUGCGAACCUAAUAGUUGUACUUGAGGAGUGGGGUGGUGACCCCAAUGGGAUCUCUCUUGUAAGAAGAACAUCCAAGAAAAUAGCUUCUGAGUCCAUCUUUUCAGGAUAAAAAAGCUGCUUGUGAUAAAGUUCUGUGCAAGUAAAUUUCAAAAAUACAGAUUGUAUGUACAUAUUAUAUACUGGAAAUUAUUAUAUUGGCUCA